AUGGCGAGCCAGCAGGUUCCGCAGGUGCCACAUGGUGGACAGGCACAAGCUGAGAGAGAGCAGAAGCAGCAGGAGGGCGUGUCAUGGGCUGAGCGUGUGAAGGGAAUCAUGGAAAAAGGCUCCACGGAGGAAAGGCCCACUGAGCGUAAGAGCACGGCUGAAACAAGCGAGAGUAAAAGCGUGGAGGAAGAGAGGGCCAAGCAGGCUAAAGAGCAUCAUGCAGUAGCUUCAGCGAAGCGUGCUGGUGAGCAUCAGGCAGCCGCUUCAACCAAGCGUGAGGAGGCUAAAAAGGAGGCGCAGCAGGCGGGUAGCCAGGUGACAAGGACCACCAAGAAAGCAGGCGAGGCAACUGUGGAGAAGGGACAUCAGUUGACGGAGAAGGCCAAGGAAGGGCUCGCGUCAGGGACAGAGACGGUGACUAAGAAGUCUGAGGAGCUGACUGAAAGGGCGAAGGAGAGCCUGGGAGAGACUGCAGAGAUGCUCAAGUCCAGCUUUGGUAAGGGACAGGAGGAGGUUCAGGAGGGAGAGACUGGUAUAGGUAAAGGAGUGGAUGUGAAGGGGAAGGAAGAGGCUGCUGCUGUUUUGGAAGCGUCUUCAAAGCGGUUGGGUCAGUUGGCAGAGGUUAUGAAGGAAAAGGGUUUGGAGGCUGAGCAUGUGGUGGAGGGGUCAGCCAGCAAAAUAUAUUCCGACAUUAAGCAUGCGAUGGAGAAACUGUCAUUCGUGGGAGAAGAAGGCAAGACUGGUGGUGAUGUUGAACUGAAGGGAGCGGAGGAGACUGGUGAGGGAGUGAAGGCAGCAGCAGCAGACGUGCACGAAGCAGUGAAGACCACGCAGGGUGUUACUCAAACUGUUGUGGUUGGUGCUGCUGAGGUGCUUAUUGCUGCUGGCGAUGCUGUAACUGAUGCUGCUAAGGCACUUGGAUCAAGUUUGCAGUCACUGGUGCAAUCAUAUGAGAAAGGCGCAGCUCCAUCUACCUCUGCAGACAAGUCUGUCCCCACAAGCACCACUACCAAGACGGAGGAACAGAAGGAGAGUGGUGCAGGUCCUUAG